AUGCCGCUUCCGACGAAACCAAUGAGGCCACCACAUGAACCCGGCCGAGACUCCGAGGAAUCGUCGACUCCUUCCAAUAACCUAUGGGUUGGAAAUCUAACGCCGGACGUUUCCGAUUCCGAUCUGAUGAACCUUUUCGCUCAAUAUGGCGCACUCGAUAGCGUCACCUCUUAUUCCGCUCGCAGUUACGCUUUCGUCUUCUUCAAACGCGUUGAAGAUGCAAAAGCCGCUAAAAACGCGCUUCAAGGCUUCCAUUUUCGUGGCAAUUCAUUGAAAAUUGAGUUUGCUAGACCGGCAAAGCCAUGUAAACAGCUUUGGGUGGGUGGCAUUAGCCCAGCUGUUACAAAGGAAGACUUAGAAGCCGACUUCCAUGAUGCUAUUCAGGCAAUGAAAAUCAUGAAUGGAAAACGUAUUGGUGGGGAAAAUAUUCGUGUUGACUUCCUCCGCUCACAUUCUACAAGAAAAGAUCAAUUUCUUGAUUAUGGGCAAUUCCAAGGAAAAAGCUUGGGGCCUACUGAUUUCUAUUCUGGACAAAAAAGGCCACUGAAUUCACAACCUCAAAUGGGGAGGAAGGGUGAUGGUCACCCUAGUAAUAUUUUGUGGAUUGGUUAUCCUCCCAAUGUUCAGAUUGAUGAGCAAAUGCUCCACAAUGCCAUGAUUCUAUUUGGUGAAAUUGAGAAUAUCAAGAGUUUUCCUUCAAGGCAUUAUUCAUUUGUUGAAUUUAGAAGUGUCGAUGAAGCCCGGCGUGCAAAAGAGGGCCUUCAAGGACGCCUUUUCAAUGAUCCUCGCAUAGCAAUCAAUUAUUCAAACGGUGACCAGGAUAGUAGCUUGACAAAUAAGAUGGGUCCAAACUGGAAAAGACCAUCUCCUCCUGCACCAGGGUUGCUUUCUUCCCCUGCAACGGGUGCUAGGCUUCCCGCAAGAUCAGCUUCUGGUGCAUGGGAUGUACUUGAUGUAAACAACAUUUCAAGAGAUUCUAAGCGGUCUAGGAUAGAUGGUACAUUACCUAAUGAUGAAGCUCCAUAUGCUGACAUUCAUGGAAGGGGUAUUCUUGGUCCAGGAAGCUCGAGGGUAACAGGUGGAGUACAUGCUUCUGUCCAACCUGGUGAUAUGGAUCAUAUAUGGCGCGGACUUAUUGCAAAAGGAGGAUCUCCUGUUUGUCAUGCUAGAUGCAUCCCUAUAGGGAAAGGGAUAGGGACGGAGCUUCCGGAAGUUGUUGAUUGCUCAGCUAGGACGGGAUUGGAUGUACUUGCAAAACACUAUGCUGAUGCAAUUGACUUUGAGAUUGUUUUCUUUCUGCCUGAUAGCGAAGAUGAUUUUUCUGCGUACACUGAAUUCUUACGCUACCUUGGUGCAAAAAACCGUGCUGGUGUUGCCAAAUUUGGCAAUACAACUUUAUUCUUGGUACCUCCUUCUGAUUUCCUGACAAAAGUUUUGAAAGUCAAUGGACCUGAACGUUUAUAUGGCGUCGUUCUCAAGUUUGCACCAGUACCAAGUGUGCCCAUGCACCACUCUUCACAAAUGCCUACACCAUCGUCAAAUCAAUAUACGCAGCAGUUUCCUCCUUCACAGGCUGAAUAUGAUAUGAAUCCUGCAAAGGACGAUCAGGUUCUGCCAAUGGACUACAACAGAAUGUUGCAUGAAGAUUCUAAGCUUCCUGCUAAGCAAGUAUAUCCACCUAUAGGUGGGCCUUCAGUUCAAUCUGCAGCUCCGGAUUAUGCUCCAAAUACUGCUUCUGGGUCUCAAGCUGGAGUCGCAUUAACACCAGAACUUAUUGCGACUUUAGCUUCUUUUCUUCCAACAAAUACGCAAUCAUCUGCUACCGAUAGUGCCAAGUCGGCUGUAGGCUCCUCAACUGUAAAGCCUCCAUUUCCUCCUGUGGCACCUAAUGAUGGAAACCAAUCUCAAUUAUUGAAACAGGAUCAUCAAAUUGCAGAUCAAUCCAUUCAUCCACCUCAGCAGUUUAGGAAUAUGUAUAACAGUCACAAUGCUCAUUUUCAGCCUUAUCCGUCAGCAUCAGCUCCUGGUCACACUUCUCAAGUGUUCUCUGGAAGUUCUCAUACUCAAGACAGUGCUCUUAUCCAGCAACUGCAAGGAGUUGUUUCAUCUAGACACAUGUCAAAUUUUGUGACACCCACUCAAAGUGGACAGAUACCUGCAUCCCCCCAUUUCAGUCAUCAGUAUCAGGCUGAGGUUCCCCCCAAUUCUCAGAAAGGCUUUGGUGUGGUGCCGGGAGGUGAUGCCUCUGUUUUAUACAAUUCUCAGGCUUUCCAUCAACCUAAUAAUAACCCCCAGCCCUUCCAGCAACCCAAUAAUUCUAUUGCCUUGUCUGGUCAAGCUAGCAGUACAAAUCCUCAACAUCAACCUGUCAUGCAAUAUACAGCCGACCAAAUAAACUCCAAUCCUCCCAGUCAGCAACAUCCUGCCUUUGGAGUUAGUCAAGGCACCCCAGAAUUGGAAGCUGAUAAGAACCAGAGAUACCAGUCAACAUUACAGUUUGCUGCCAAUCUUCUACUCCAAAUACAGCAGCAGCAGCAAACACAAGGAGAACAUGGGCCAGGAAUUCAACAAUGA